AUGCUGCUUUUGGUGCACAACGGGAUGGCAGCUAUUUGCAUGGGCACUGCUACAGCUGUGUUGCUGUCCGUGGUGCUUUGGGCAGUAAAUGGGCCUAUGAGCACACAGCAUCAGAUCACGCAACUAGCUGGAGUUACCUGCAAUCUGCUCGGAUUGCUGGUGUCUGCCCUGGUGCUGUUGUUUUGGCGAAACAAAACCCGUGUCUUCUUGGACCGGAUAUGCGUUCACCAAACCAACCCUCAGUUGAAAGUUGCGGGUCUUUGCAGUAUAACUGCCAUUUUGCACAGCUCCGACGAAUUGCUGAUAUGCUGGGACCCGACUUACUCGCAAAGGUUGUGGUGUUUGUUUGAGCUCGCCGCCUUCCUUAAAAGUCAUGGACGGCAAGCGAAGCUGGUCGUACGACCAAUUGUCCUUGGCCCUGUUGCGAUUGGAGUCUUUGCAGGUUUCUCGAUGGCUGUGCUUUCUAUGCUGCUUCUCCCGCGGGCAGGAUCCGAGGGAGGCUCGAUCAUGACCAGGAUCUCCUUGCUAAUGCUUUGUGGUGUUUCUGGUAUGUGGUAUCCAAUAUCUUCCAUCCGCAGCUUCUAUCGCUCAAUCGACACUAUGGAAGAGCAGCUCCGUCGAUUUCGACUGGGGAACGCCACUUGCCAUUGCUGCACAAUUGGGCAUCAGGCCGAACCUGGCAGAGUGAAGAUCUGUGAUCGUGAGGUCAUUGAGCAGUGUAUUCUGAAAUGGUUCGGCUCUAUAGAAAGCUUCGAAGAAUGCGUGCAGACAACGGUUUCCAGUGCGCUCUCAAGGCAGCUGGGCCAUUUCUCUUUUCCAGUCAGAUGGAUGUUUGCCUGUUCCAGUCCACUCUUGUGGACGUUUGCUGCCCCAGCCAUUCGCCAACCGCUGGUUGGGACCUUCUUCAUUUUGGCUUGGAGCUUUGCUAUUCCUGCAGUUUUUAUGAUUGGGGCCUCGUUAGCCUAUAAACUGCGGGGAAGGAUGUCAAGCACAUGCAAGGACAAGGCAGCGACCCUUGCAUGUGCGUUAGUUUGCCUAGCCAGCUACAUGGGCAUGGAGACGCUUGCUGGCCUGCUAUCUAUGACUGUCCUGAACUAUUGGCAAGGCGUUGCCGCCUUCGCGGCGACAAUGAUUUUCAUGACUUCUUGUAUUUGGUGUUGCUGGGCAAGGAACUCGCAUCGUGAGGUUCCAGAAGCUCCGAGAACCCCCAAGGAAAUCCUUUACGCACAAGGUGUCUGA